CAAUUCAGCCUUUUCUGUUAUUAAUGAAAACAUCUUGGUAGAGGACUGAAAGUCUCCUUCCCGGUUACCACUUUGUUAAUGAAGCUAUGGUAAGAGACAUCCUGGGUUAAUCAAUAGAGAACUAGCUCUUGGAGUCAGAAAGACCUGGGUUCAAGUCCUGCCUCUGACACAUACUGACUGGGCAAGUCACUUCACCUUGCUCCAGGCAAUUAUACUCUGAACCAAUAAGUUGCAGAGCAAUAGUAGAUCUGCACUGAUAGAGGGAGUUUCCUCACUGGGAGAUCCCUGCAUUCAUGGAAUUAUAGAGCUGGUUGGAACAAGACAUGCUGGGUCAGGCAUUCGAAGAUGCUUUUGAGGUAAUGCAGCAACAUUCAGCUGGGGACCAUCAGUAUUCCCCAGAUUACAAAAAUUACUUGACUUUUCUAAAUCAUUAUCCUCAUCUCAGAGGAAAUCCCAACUGUUAUGGAGUACUCCCCACAGAAGAAACUGUCUAUAACUGGAGAACUGUUAUUAACAGCACUACUGACUUCUAUUUUGAAGGAAGCCUCCAUCAUGCUCUGCAGAAUAUGACUGAAAACCAGGGGGUGCAGACUGCUCCUGUCCAACAGAGAGGCGGAAAAGGGAGAAAGAAGCUCCGACUGUUUGAAUACCUUCAUGAAUCUUUGUGUGAUCCUGAGAUGGCAUCCUGUAUCCAGUGGGUAGAUAAAUCAAAGGGGGUCUUUCAGUUUGUUUCCAAAAACAAAGAGAAACUUGCAGAACUUUGGGGAAGAAGGAAAGGCAACCGCAAGACCAUGACUUACCAGAAAAUGGCCAGAGCCUUGAGGAACUAUGGAAGAACUGGGGAAAUCAUAAAAAUCCGCAGGAAGCUCACCUAUCAGUUCAGUGAGGUCAUCCUUCAGAGACUCUCCCCACCUUUGUUUUUGGGAAAAGAAAUAAUCUAUUCACAAUAUAUUCAAUCUGACCAAGAACAACUCAAUUUAAAUAAUUGGAAUGCUAAUUAUAAUUACAUGUAUAGCCACGACCAUGAUCUAGGUUACUCUGAUUGCUAGGACAUGUGCCUUCCUUCCAUCCCCAUUACAGGGUUUUGAAGGCAUCACAAAUUCCUAUAAGAUAAGGGCUUUCCCCUCAAAUCAAGGCAAAAUUCAUUUAGUUUAGUUUCAUUGUUGUUAUAUGUUGUAAUUAAAUGGUGUAUACAACUCAUGAAGUUGAAUGGAAUUCUAUAAAUGAACACAUUUUCUAUGAUAAACUGAACUGAAUGUAUAAAAAUUAAAUUUCUCUGAGAUUACUGCCUUAAAA